GUAUCUCAGUCGACCUUGAGGUGCGGUUUAGGCAAACGCGUUAAAUACGGGUAACGAUAACCUGCUUCCAACUGUAUGCACCCUGCAUAAUACAAUAUCACAUCAGCAUAAGCUAAUCGGAUGCAGCUACCAAAUGAAGAUAUCAUAUGUUACCCCCCCCCAAGGGAAGCUUCUUAAUAAUCCCAACUCUCCAUCAUUAAUUGCGGUAACUCAUUUACCAGAGACAGGUUUAUAUACUUAGAUUUGAACUUUGAGGUCUAGUAAUACUACCGGGCUCUCUACAUUAAAACAACGAGCAGUGUUUGAACCUGCAAUGUCGUGCUAAAUUGUAAUGGUUUUCUGUUACACAUGUACCUACUGGAAACACAUCACUAAUGUACGUAACGGUAAAGCGACUUAGUUGAUCAUAAUUUAUGGAUAGGGACAAUUCAUCAUAAUUCAAUUGCAAGCAAGUUUCACAUGAUCAAAGCUAUCCAGUCAAGUUCGCGAUAUUUUUCAAAUCUUAAACAUUCGGUUAGACAUCAAAGUAAACUGAUGGAUCGGCGGAAUUCGGUUCGGUAUCUAUUCGAACGUUUAGUAGUGGCUUUAGUAAAAGUUCUCACAAAUGGUUUAGUAUGUAAUCAGUAAUAUAUGUUUGCGGAUAUUAAAGCGCAUUACUUUUCAAGUAAAAGUAAAUGAAAUUCUGAUGUAGGUGAUGGUAGAUUCUGACUAGGCAAUCAAGAAAGCUGAUUAUAUAUUCGGUUUGUCAUCUUUAAUUUAAAAUAAUUAUUUUACUUUUUGUGAUAUCCCAAUAAGUAGAAAUUUGUAUUUCUAACGUUUUGUGACUUGAUGUAAUUUACAUCUUGAGAAUAAAUCAAUAAAUAACCAAAAUAAUUAACACAAACCUAAAUAGUACACUCAUUUGUUCUUUUCUUACCAUUUAAACGUGUGUUAAUGUAUUUUGGUUAUUUAUUCAUUUAAUGUAAAUAAGUAAAUCGCAUCAAGUUACAAAAUGUCAGAAACAAAAAUUUAUGCUCAUUGCGAUAUCACAAAAAAUAUAAUUGUCAUUAACUUUCUACCGGAUGCUUAGUUUAUUUGAAACUAUCAAGUCAAACCUUGGUAUUGGUACUUAAAUUGUGUUUUCCUAGUGAACGGUUUUUAUAACUAUUUUAACUAAUAUUUACUUUUCUUCUUGGAUUAGUAUAUUUCAACCACCAUCGCUGGAAUUUAUUUCAUCCUCUUGUCAAUCGAAUCUUCAGAGAGUACCUGACAAACGACAAUUCAACAUGCCUAAAGUCGACCACUCCUAUUAACUAGAAAUUGAAAUGCUUGUUUUUAUUUAGUACUAAGAACUUUUUUUCAGAGUACGCCUGAAUUACUCUUGAAAAAUCUCAAUAACAUUAUGCUUGGCAAAAUCAUUACUCAUGUUCCCAACUUUUUGAAGCGACAGCUGAUUUACCCCCACCAUUCCUUACUAAACUUGUUGAUAGAGAAAGCAAACUUCAGUGGCUUUGAAUGUAAGGGAUCUGACCAUUUUCUUUCAUAUUCCUCAACUGAAAAGUUGGAUUCUGUUAUCACAGCCUCAGACCAGCACCCCAAAAAUGGCAUUGCCCGACUAAGUACUAUUGAAGAUUUAAAAAGCUUUGUGUCACAUCCUAGUACAACAGCUAAUGAUAUUUUGGACAUUGAUAUACGUUUGCUACCUUCGGAAGCAUGUGCGAUAUGUUUAGAAGCUUUACUAAGAAUGCAAAAUCCGUCUUAUGACUUACUAAUUCAUAGUGCUCAAAAUGAUUUAAGAAAUUCUAUUGCAUCUGGUGGUGAUUGGCCAUCACAUUAUAUAAAAUUGGAGCAUAUAACAAAAUGGCAUAAAUUUGAUGAAGGAAGUAUUCUAUUCCAUAACAAUAAUAAUGAUUAUGACUACCCUUGGAUGAAAUCGGAAAAAUUCGAUCUUUUAGUAUUAACAACAGCAGCUUGUGCCAAUAGUUUAUCUAUUGAAUCUUUACUAAGGCUAGCUGGAUAUUUUGCAAAUUUUUGGAAGCAAUAUGAACCAAAUGUUUACGCAUCAGUACUACGUCAUAUUAAUAAUCAGAUAAACAACUUAUCAUGCGUUCAUUUGGCUCAGUUGGCACAUGUAUUAUCUAAACUAAAGUGUAGUCAAACUUAUAAAUUCCCUCAGAAAUUACAUACUGAGAUUAAUUUAUUGGGAUCAGCAAUCGCUAUUCGUUUAUUGUCUGGAAAAGAGAUAUUAUGUUCAGUAGAUCCUACAGUUGCAAUUCGCUUGUUAUACGAUAUGCAUUGGGCGCUUUCAUACAAUCAAAAAGUGAUUCUGUUCGAGAGUAUUUAUAAUAAUCUUACACUGAAUCAUGUGCAAUGGAAUUUGUAUACAGUUGCUUUCCUACUGCUUCAUUCAUGUAAACUAAUGAUCUAUAAACCUUCACUGAUAAAAAGUUGUCUAGCUAAAAUAUCACGUAAACUACGAAUAUCAGCUUAUCAUCCUACUAUAAAUCAAUCCCAGUGGAUUAACGCUAUCCUUGCUGCUUUAGCUAAUUACACUGUUAGUUUUAAUGGUGCAAGUGGAAAUUGUGAAGAAGAAUUACAAUAUUUCAUUAAACCACCUUGUCGUAAUCACAACAACAAUACAAUGUCAAUAUCUAAAACCAUAUGUGUUCCGUACGACGUAUUUACUGCUGAUUGGGUCCGCACAUUAUUCAGUAAUAUAUGUCAGCAUGUCACAAGUCAACAAAUAGUAGAUUAUAAUUCUUUGAAGUGUUUAGCACAGAUUACUUAUUCCUUGUCUUUGUUUGGUUACAAGGCUGAUUCCCUUAUUGAACAUUUUGAUGAAGCAAUAAAAAAACUUAACAAUGAUGCUUCCUCUAACAUAUCGACAUCAUUAACAACUGACUUUUGUCAACUACAAUUAUAUAUAAAUAUGGCUAAAUGUCUACUUACCCCACUUUCUAAAAAUAGUAGUGAAACUGAAAAACUAUCGAUUUCUUCAUUACCUAGUGACUAUUGGAGAUUUUAUUAUCAUUGUGGUCUUGGACUUUUACAAAGCAAUAAAAUAAACGAUCCAGUGAUUUCUAAAAAAUUGGUGAAUAAAAGAAAAGUCGUGGAUAGAAUACACUAUGCGUUCCUUAAAAAUAAUAAACUGUUCACAGAAUUAAGUAUGAAUGCAUUUCAGUGUAUACUGUAUCCUAAUAGUGAUAACAGUAAUGUAUACCUUGCAGAUAUUCUCUUUAAACAAGCAUGCGAACAACACGAAGGCAAAUAUAAUUACGUUAUUUGUAUUGUACAUGAAAAUCGUGAUGAGGUCGCCAAAGGUCCGUUACUUUCACUGUUAAACUUUUAUCGUGAAACACAAUCUUUACCUGUUCUUACGUUUAAUUUUUGUACUUGGCAUAAUUUGCCUUAUAGUAAAGACAAAGAAAUUAUGGUACAAAGUUUUCUACGUGAAGUAUCUGACAAAUUGAAUGAAAUGAAUAAUUUACAUCUACCGGAAAUUCAUACAACGGAUCUUGUUCUUUGUUCAACUGAAUUAUUAGGCUUUAAAUAGUAUGUUAAUACAGGUUUUAUUUGUACACUUUUUAGACAGAUGUGUCUAUAAACAAUUAAGUUUUGUAUGACUAAUAUACCAUAAGAAAGUGCUUUUUUUUCUUUCGAUUUUCAACGGAUCUAUUAAAUUCUGAAUGUUUUCGUAUUGGGCAAGAAAAAAAACAGUAACUUGAGCGGUGUAUUUGUAUUUUACAGUUAACGAUGAGUAGAUUUUAAUAACCUUACUGAUCCUGGAUAUUGUGUCAGUUUUUGAUAUGGAGAUUUCUCAUCUUACUUUCUAUUUUAAAUUGUUUGUAACAACAUACGGUAUUAUAAAAUACAUAUUUCCUUGAUAAAUCUAUUGUUUUCUGUUUUAUUCGCUACUUCAAUAUAUUUCAUUUAGUAUGUUAAAGUUUUGUGAAAAUAAUUAAUCUGUUUUUUCUACUUCUUCGACCCAUUAUCAAGGUGAUUCUGUACAUGAAUUUAAAUUUUGUGUUAAGUAGAAUUAUUUACUAACUGUUAAUCUAUUAAGGAUUCCUAUUUAAAACUAGCAUCUUCUUGAAUGUGUUUGUUUUUCUUCAGGGUCUACUAAAAAGCAACCCUUUUAAACUUGAAAUUUUUGUUAAAAUUAAUUAAUAUGCUGAUAUUUAGGGUUUAACUUUUAAUAAAGUUUAUUUUCUUGUAGAUCUUAAUAAAUAACUGUUAUAUCUUGUGACC